AUGAAGGAAGCGCGUCCAGACGCAAAUGGACCGUUAGGUAUUGAAGCUGAUGUAGUGGAUAAUUAUGUGAGAUCACUGGCUGGGUAUUGUGUAAUGUGCUAUGUUCUUGGAGUUGGCGAUCGACAUUUGGACAAUCUUCUUCUUUGUGAAAAUGGUCGCUUGUUCCAUGUAGAUUUUGGAUUUAUACUUGGACGUGAUCCUAAACCUCUGCCACCUCCGAUGAAGCUCACUAGUGAGAUGCUCCAAGCGAUGGGUGGAAUCAAAAGCAAAGUAACAGCAAAACUCCGAAUCGGGCUUUCUUUUUUUCCAGUGACCAUUUCCGCCAUUUCUGUAUGCAUUGUGAUUCUGCUUAUCGUAUUCUUCGAAGACAUGCAAAUGUAA